CUUCCUCUUCAUCUUCUCUCCGCCAACCGAUUCGUGUUCGUGCGUGUGUGUGGAUAUCUCUUUCAAUUCCUUUUUAUUUCAUUCUGUGAAUUCAUGCUGUGUGAUUUCAAGCGACCACCAAAUUCAUUUAGAAUUAGUUUGACCUUCAGUCGUUGACAUCAGCAUAUUUUCUUAGCCUUUAUUUCUGUUGGAGUCUUACUCAGAGAGUAAGAGAUGGGGACGGUUGUUGAUGACUUCAGACAACUGUUAAAAGACUGCGAGUUGUUUGUUUUUGACAUACUCCAGGAUGAGAAUCUCAGUGAUCCUGCUCGAGAGGCCAGGGAAAUUCUCCUACGAAAUUUUCAUGUCAUCCAAAAGAGACACCCGCAAGAAUUCCCCCACAGACCUGAAUCCAAUCUUGAGGACAGUUCAGAUGACAACCGCAGCUCCAGUCUGGGACGCUCUGCCCCCUCAGAUGAUAUGUCCGUGGCCUCUGACUACCAGGAGGAAGGUGCUUCUGAACUUUUUGAAGAGAUCCCUCUGGUGGCUGCACAGGACCUGAGUAACAUCCUAAAGCAAGGCUACGUGGAGAAGAAGAGACGUGAUCACAGUUUCUUCAGCAUGGAAUGGCAAAAGCGAUGGUGUGUGCUAAACAACACCAUAUUUUAUUACUUCGGGAGUGAGAAAGACAAGCAGCAGAAGGGCUCGUUUUAUAUUAAUGGUUACAGUGCAGAGCUGGUGCCCAGCUUACGCAAGGACUCCAAAAAGAAUUCGUGUUUCGAGUUGAGCGCUCCUGGAAGACGUUCUUACCAGUUCACUGCCAGCAGUCCCCGUGAGGCCAGGGAAUGGGUGGACCAGAUCAAUUUUGUUCUUAAGGAUCUGAGCUCUAACUUCAUCCCCUUUGAUGAUGAUGAGGAAGAGGAGGUGGAAGAAGAUGAAGAGACAUAUGAUGACAUUGAACGAGCUGCCACACCUCCACCACCACGUCCUGGGCCAGCUCCUGCACCGGUCACCACCCCGAAUCUGGGACAAACCCCCCAAAGCAGCCGUGAGGAAUGGAAGAGCCAAGCAGGAACUCAAGAAGAUGAAGAAGAGGACGAAGAGGACAUUUAUGAAGUGCUUCCAGAAGAUGAAGAGACUGACAAUGUGGAAGAGUGGACUGAAAAGUCUGGGACUUCAGAUUAUGCAAAUUAUUACCAAGGCUUGUGGGACUGUGAAGCUGAUGGACCCGAUGAGUUGGCCUUCCAGAGAGGAGAUCUCAUCUACAUCCUCAGCAAGGAAUAUAACAUCCAUGGAUGGUGGAUUGGAGAGCUGGAUGGUGCUAUUGGCAUAGUCCCCAAGGAGUUUUUACAUCCUGCUUAUAUUUUAUGAGGUUUGCUUUUCGUGAUCGGGAUCACAGAAUGUUCAGUGUUAUAACACUUCAACACCUGUCAUGGUUUGGAAACUGUCAAUGAUUAGAUUAGCAGGUAAAUUCAAUUAAAACUGCAUUUUAGUCUAUUACUAGAACCUAAUCCCUGAGAUCAAAUCAGGUUUUAUUUUUUUUGUAUAUAAAAGCCUUUUAUAUA